AUGAAUUCGUUGUUUCUACUAACCGUGACCGCGUGCGUGGUCCUGGGCACGGACGGUGUCAGAGUUUUGUCCAUAAUUCCGUUCCACAGUAGAAGCCAUUAUAACGUGUACGAGCCGCUGCUGAAGAGGCUCGCGGAAAAAGGUCACGAGGUUGUUUCCGUGUCUCAUUUCCCUCAAAAAUCACCAUUGUCUAACUUUACGGACGUGAGUAUCGCCUCGAGCGUGUCAAGUCAGGUCAGAACCAUAAGGUUCAUGGAUUUCGGUGAUCAAGAUAAAUGGUACAAUAUAAGGACAAUGCUGAAUGCCUGUGGAGUGAGCUUGUGCGAUCCUGUGUUGAAUCAUCCGAAUUUGAAGAAGCUAAUACAGUCCAAGGAGAAGUUCGACUUAUUCAUCGUCGAGGUCUUUGCCUCCGAAUGUUUUCUGGCCAUUGCUCACGUCUUGAAGAUACCCAUUGUGGUCGGGGGUGUCACUACGAACGAGCUGCCAUGGACCAACUAUAUCUUGAGGAAUCCCGAGAACCCCAGUUAUAUUCCCAAUUCUUAUAGCAAAUUUACGGACCGAAUGAACCUUCUUGAAAGAACCAACAAUUUUAUAAGUAUCGUGGUCGCCAAGUUAUGUUACAGAUUUUUCUCCGACGAGCCUAGCUACGAGAUCGCGAAGAAACAUUUUGGCGACGAUCUGCCUGAUUUCGAUGCGUUGAGAUCAAGGAUCUCUUUGAUCUUGACAAACGGACAUCCAGCCGUCAGCGUAGCGCGUCCUCUGGCUCCAGGAUAUAAGGAGCUCGGCGGUAUUCAUAUACCGAUGUCAGGUCCACCGCCGCUGCCAAAAGAUCUCCAGGAUUAUCUGGAUUCUCACGGCAAGGACGGCGUUAUUUACUUUAGUCUAGGAUCGCAAAUAGACAUGUCCACCAUGCCGAGGCAGGUGUUUGCUGCCUUUUACAGAGCAUUCGAGCAAGUACCGCAGCAAAUACUGUGGAAGUGCUCCAGAGGGAAAAUGCCCACGCUGCCCAAGAACGUUAAGUGCAUCGAAUGGGCGCCGCAGCUCUCCGUAUUGUGUCACCCGAAUGUACAUCUGUUCAUCUCGCACGGCGGAUUGCUGGGGACCCAAGAGGCAGUUUAUUGCGGGGUACCGAUCCUCGGGAUACCCCUGUUCGGAGAUCAGUUCUCAAACAUGGCCUACUUCGUGAAAAAAGGAUUGGCUUUGCAGCUGGAUUUCAGUCAACUUUCAUACGAACGAAUAUCGAACGCUUUGAGCGAACUUCUCGUGAACAAGAGCUAUAAGGAAGCAGCACAGAAAGCUUCUCUGCAGUUCAAAGAUCGACCGAUUCCACCAUUGGAGGAAGCCACCUAUUGGAUAGAAUAUUUAAUUCGUCACGGAUCGAAUUCCCUGAAGACAGAAGCUUCAAAUUUGUCGUGGUAUCAAUAUCUGUUACUGGAUGUGAUAUUCGUAAUCACAAUACCGAUACUGCUUAUCGUUUGGAUCGUAUAUAAAUUAUUGAAGUUGAUUUUGUGUCGAACAAGGACCAUAGAUCGUGAAAAGAAAACGAAGUGA